CCACUAACCCCAUCCAAUGCAAUUCGUUGUGAUAGAAACCAACAGCACGCUAGUCACAGCUAUCAGAGUUGUUAAUUGACGAUCAAGAGAAAAUGAACCCAAUCGACGACUCGAAGGACGCGGUGACGAUCCGGGGUGGUAAGCCACAACAUCGACACAAUCAAACAUGUGGAGAAAAGCUCCUGGACAAGGACUUGCAACGAAUGGAGCGACAUCCUGUGGACGACAAGGGCGGAAUCGAGAGGCCACCACCGAAGUCAGGCCUCGGUGGGAAGUACACCUGGGAAGGGCCCGAUGAUGAGGUGGAGAACGAGUUGUUGCCUGCGCCAUCGGCGAUUGAUGAGGGGAACCCAAACUAUGUGGACGAGGAAACGGAGGAGAGGAUUGUGAAAGGAGAGAAGAGUGAUGUGGUAGGGCUGGUUAUUGGUGAGGUUGAGGUUGAUAAGGUUGCCCAAGAGAAAAAGGGUGUGGGUAGGGUGGAGAUUGAUCCUCGCUUCAAGGUCGACUGAAAUUGGGAUUGGGAGUGUUUUUUUCGUGUAUGGUUUGGUUUUCUUAUUUUCCUUGUUUGACAUAACAAAUUAUUUAAUUGACAUGCAUGGAACUAAAAAUACGCACGAUUGUAGAAUCACGAGUAGUUCAGAUGACACUAUGCUAU